AGUCGGAAUUCCGAAGACAGUGUUCGAGAUGCACGGAGGAGGCUUUCUAUUCUUCUCAAACUGUGAUACAUGCCUCUGAGUACUCCUCGCACAUUGUGCCCGAAUGGAUACCUAGAGUUCCCCUGCCUGACCACAGCCGAAAGCCGACUCAGCAGGAUUCAUUCACUCCUGAGUCAGCGUGGAUUCAAAUCCCUCGUUUACUUCUGGAAGGAGGUGUAAAAGUCGGAGAGAAGGGAGGACUGGAAGAUUCAGUCGAGACUUUAGUCGAGAAUGGAGCUUGACGUGCUUAAAGAAGCUCACAAGACCAAUUUUCUCACUGAUUCAUCCACUCAUUCCCAUCUGUCAUUCCUUCAGAAUGCGGUGCUUUCAUCGUUUUGUGGCAUUCGUGUCUGUUGCUCAGCUCUCUCUUGCCUUGAAGACAGCCCAAAACAACGGAUCUGCUCUUGCUCUCGAAUAUGACUUCAUUAUUGUCGGUGGCGGAACGACUGGUCUUGUUCUUGCGGAUCGUCUAAGCGAGUCCGGCGAUCAACGAGUACUGGUCCUGGAAGCAGGGCCUGACCCUCAUGUCGUUGCUAUGCAUGAGGCACCCGGUGCAGUUGAAUAUAUCGCGGGCACUGCGAUCGAUUGGAACUUUUACACUGAACCACAGGAGUACCUCGGUAGUCGAAAGCUUGCCUACCACCGUGGCCGUGGUCUUGGUGGUAGCAGCAUUCUCAAUGGCUUGUACUAUGGCCGCGGUUCAGCCAAUGUCUAUGAUCACUGGGUUGAACUUGGAAACCCUGGUUGGAGCUGGAAAGAGGUGUUCCCCGAGUUCAUAAAGGCUACUCAUUUCAACCCUCCCAACAACGGCACUGGAUACAACCAACGCUACCAAACCUGGGACCCCGCAGCCUACUCAGAUGGCCCGUUAGAGAUUGGUUUUCAGGGGUUCGUUCCGCCUUCAAGUGUCGCUUUUAUUGAGGCGUGCGAAGCUGUCAACAUUCCCAUUGUUGCGGACUUGAACACUGGCAAGAAUGUGGGCGUCAAGCAAGGCUCUGCUACCAUCAACUCCAAGUACAAACGUAGCUCAGCUUAUGACUACUACAAGGCCAUUACCACUCGCCCAAACUUACUGAUCCUCCAUGACUCACCCGUUCAGUCCAUAACCUUUGCAAAGAACGCCACUGGAACUCCGGUAGCAAGUGGCGUUGUUUUCAUCGACCACUCUCUUGGACGUCACCGUGUCAUUUCAGCCUCUAAGGAAGUUAUCGUGACUUUGGGCACCUUCCAAUCUCCCCAGGUGUUGAUGGUUUCGGGAAUUGGACCGAAAGCCACACUGGAGGCCUUUGACAUAGAGCCAGUGGUAAUCAACGAAAACGUUGGCCAGCACAUGAUGGAUCACAAUGUUUAUAGCAUCUCCGCCACCGUAGUUCCUGAAGCCUCCACCCACUACCUCAUGUUCAACACCACCAACGUUCAAGCCUCGCAAGAUGAGUACUACUCAUAUGGGAAGGGCGUCUAUACGGCCCCUGGAGGCAUCACGAACGGCUUCCAGGAGCUUUCCAGUGAGCAGCUUGAGUCAAUUGGCGCUGGCGCGGUGGCCGAAGCGGGUCUCACCAACCGCUCAACGGUCGAGUUCCUCUUUGAGUCUUUCUUCUACCCUAACAGCCCAGGCCCGACGUACGAACCUUCAGCAGAUGGGUCGUACAUUUCUAUCACAGUAUCAAGCAUGGUCGCGUUAUCCAAGGGUAACAUCACCAUUCAGUCAAGCGGCAUGUCGGAUGCUCCCAUAAUCAACCCCAACUACUACUCACAUCCCGCCGAUCGCGCCAUAGCGGUGAAUGCCUUCCGCGACGCGAGAAAGAUUCUUGCCCACGCGGCCUUCGCCAACAUGACCGUCGGGCCGAACCACGGCGAAGUGGCGCCAGGCGUUGCCAACAUCGCUUCUGACGAUGAUGAUGCUAUCUUUGAGUACGUCAAAGAGACCACAGUCCCCAAUUGGCACGCUAGUGGCACGAACCGCAUGCUGCCCUUGGAGGACGGCGGCGUCGUUGACCCGCGUCUGCGCGUCUAUGGCGUUCAGGGUCUGCGGGUUGUUGACAGCAGCAUCAUGCCCACUGUUCCGGACGUCAACAUCGCGGGGCCGGUUUACAUGCUAGGCGAGAAUGGGGCAAGACUGAUUCGGGAAGAUUGGGGCUUUUGAUACACAUCAUCAAUCACUGCACUUCACUCGAAGUGUCCGGAUGUAUUCAUGUCAAGUAGAUUCCGUGGUACCAAGAUAGAAGACAUCCAACCUCGCGAUUAAUUUGCUAACCUACCUUUGUAUGAUACAAUUUGACAACCUCUCCUGUCAUCUGUAUUCAUGCUAGCAAAGUAGUCUCUUACGG